ACCGUUCGACUGCGGUUGCGCAACCGGUCUGGGCUGCUAAAGAGCCUCUGCGCAGGCUUUUAAAGGGGGGGGGCGUGGUUUAGCGUGGUAUAGGAGCUGCGCGGAUCACAAGACUGCUGAUGCGGCGGCUCGCUCAGUGUCUUAGACAGAUUUGAUGGCAAGGAUGUCUUUGAAUGGCUUUUGGAGAUUCUUGGCAAUCUGUACAUUGCUUUUCCCAGGGGCUCUGUGUUACCUGCCAGACCAGCCAAGGGUAUUGCUUGUGUCUUUUGAUGGAUUUAGAUGGGAUUACAUCUAUAGAGUCCCAACACCCAAUUUCCAUAGUAUCAUCGAGAGUGGUAUUCAUGUUGAACAAGUCACAAAUGUAUUCAUUACCAAGACAUAUCCUAAUCACUACACAAUGGUGACAGGUCUCUACGUAGAGAGCCAUGGUGUUGUUGCUAAUGAGAUGUAUGAUCCAGUUUUGAAUGAAACUUUCUCCAUGAACCAUAUGACCAUCUACAAUUCAAAAUUUUGGGAAGAUGCUUAUCCAAUAUGGAUCACUAACCAAAUGCAAGGACAUAGAAGUGGAGCUACAAUGUGGCCAGGAACAGAUGUGAACAUACACGGUGUCUUUCCUACGCACUAUAUGCUUUACAAUGAAUCUGUUUCAUUCCAAGAGCGAGUUGCCAACCUUAUCAAGUGGUUCACAUCCAAAGAGCCCAUAAAUCUUGGACUACUUUAUUGGGAGGAGCCAGAUGAGAAGGGACACAUUUUGGGUCCAGAGAGUCCUCUCAUGAAUCCUGUUAUUAGGGAUAUUGAUGACAAGCUGGGUUAUCUUGUGUCAGAACUGAAGAAAGCAAAGCUGUGGGACACACUGAAUGUCAUAAUCACCAGUGAUCAUGGAAUGGCACAGUCUUCCAGAGACAGGAUCAUAGAGCUCGAUCAUUAUGUGGAUAGAGACCUGUAUACAAUGAUUGACCAUUCGCCUGAUGUAGCUAUUUUGCCAAAAGAAGGCAAAUUUGAUGAAAUAUAUAAUGCUUUAGUCAAAGCUCAUCCCAAUAUGACAGUCUAUAAGAAGGAGGAUAUUCCAACUAGGCUCCAUUACAAACAUAGCAAUAAAAUUCAACCAAUCUUAGCAGUGGCUGAUGAAGGAUGGGAAAUCCUGCAAAACAAGUCUGACCAUUUUCAAUUGGGCAACCAUGGAUAUGACAACACGCUACCAGAAAUGCACCCUAUCUUCUUAGCCCAUGGACCUGACUUGAGAAAGAACUUCACCAAGCCAGCUAUGAGUUCCACAGACUUGUAUCCCCUCUUGUGUCACCUGUUGGGUAUCAGUCCACUGCCAAACAAUGGGUCAUUUGACAAUGUGAAGGAUCUACUUGCUAAUACAGUUCCCAAAGAGCCACAGCACAGAGACUAUCAACAAGACUCUUACCCCUUUUUCAUAGGAGUUUUUCUUGGCAGCAUAAUUGUCUUGGGUUUUUUUAUAGUGUUCAUAAAGCAUUUAAUUCGCCGUCAGAUGCCAGGUAUGCCAGUACAGCAUACUGAAAUAACUCGGCCAUUGCUACAAGAUUAACACUUCUGAAAUGGACACGUCACUGCUGUUAAUAGCCUUUUAAUUUUAAGAUCUGUACAUCAUUUGAUGUUGACAGUACACAUAUAUUCAUUAUCUCUAAGCCUUUGAUAUUCUGAACAUUUUAAAACCUUUUAAAGGAAGGACUGGAGGGCCAUAAUUAGUGGUCUUAUACUAAUAUAGUGAAACUUUGGGAAGGAAGCUUUCUUAAAUGCACUUUAAGCAGUCGCUAUUUUCUGAUUUAAGCACAUCAGUGAUAGUGUUAAGAGCAGUUUUGCAAGUUGUAAAAAUUGAAAUAUGCACUAGUGGUUCUAUAUAGCACAUGCAUAAACCCACUUGAGUUGCUUAAAGUGCUCCUCAUCGUUAAAAUUGGUGGUUUCUCACCACAUUGGAUUGUAUCCCAAAAAAAGGUAAUCGUGACUAAGUCCUAAUGAAAAUAAUUGGACUUGAGUUAGCCAUGACUUAGUUAUGAUUAACUUGGAUUGCAACUCAUUAUGCUGCCUGUAUAGGUAGCAAUUAUUAACUGCUACCUUUAGAUUCAUUAGAUUUAAGUGUUCUUCUCUACUCAUGAUCUUCAUCAGUAUGUCACAAUAGUUUCUCCAUGUCAGCUUCAUCGGGUAAUGGCAUAACUUCCCUAAAUGCCUGCCUGGAUGCAGUAAUGGGCUGGAUGAGGGAUAACAAACAGGGUGAAUCCAAAAAAGAUGUAGGUGCUCAUUGUAGGGAACUGCAGUUCAGGAGAUGGGCUGGAUCUACUGGUUCUAGAUGGGGUUCCACUCCUCCCAGAAAGAACAGGUUUGCAGUUUGGGAAUACUGCUGGACCUACUGAGAGACUCUGAUAUCUCAGGUAGAGGCAGUGGCCAGGAGUGCUUUUUAUCAGCUUCGACUGAUAUGCCUACUAUACCCUUUCCUGGGAGAGUGUGACCUUAAGACAGUAGUGCACAUGCUGGUCACCUCCAGGCUUGGCUACUGCAAUGCACUCUAUGUGGGCCUGCCUUUGUAUGUAGCCCAGAGACUGUAACUGGUGCAAAAUACUACUGCCAAUUUGGUCUCCAGGAUGUCCUGAAGAAAUCAUAUGUUUUGAAAGAACUACACUGGCUGCCAAUAGGUUUCCAGGCAAAGUGCUGGUUAUUACCUAUGAAGGCCUUAAGAGCUUGGGCCCAAGAUAUUUGAGAGAAUGCCUUUGUCGGGAACCCUGCUGCCUAUUGAGAUCAUCAGGGGAGUUUCAGCUAAAAGUGCUACCUUGUAUGGCGGAGACUCAGAGGCGAGCCUUCUCUGUAAUUGCCCCAGGGCAGUGGAACACACUUCUUGCUGAGAUUAGAGCAGCUACACACACACACACACACACACACCCCAAUGGCUUUUAGGAAACAACUCAAGGCCCAUCUCUUUAGACAAGCUUUUUAGUUGCAGUUUUAGCUGAUGUUUUUAGUUGAAUUUUGAUUGUUAACUCUAAAUUUUAUAUAUGUUUUAAAUGUGUUUUGUUGUUGUUAACCACUUAGAGACUUGGGUAGUGGGCAGUAUAUACAUGUGUUAAAGAAUAAUUAAAAAAAUAAGGAUAAAAUCAUAUUAAUUGUUUCUCUGUCAUAGAAGCUGUGUGAGCUUUUCUAAACAACUGGAACAAAACUUGAAUUUUUCCAGCAAAGAUUCAAAAAACCAUAGGCAUUCUGUAAAAUGUCUGUUUGAUGUGGGGAGGUUAUGUCAAGAGUUGUAAAGAAACAGUAACAAGUCAUAAAAUAUUUCCUUAUAAAUAGCUUUUCUUUUGAAAUGGUAAUUUAUACAUGACUGGGACAAAUGAAGCAAUUAGAUACAAUCAGUUAAGUAACUUGGAUGAGUGGCAUUCAAAUUGCAUUUAUGAGCAGCAACCAGAACUAAUUAUAACAUCCCCUCAGGGAUCUUGAGUCAGUGAUUAAAUUAGCGUGCGUCUUCAACUUUAACAGACAGGCUUAUGGCUUUUUUCAACAUGAAUUGUGCAUGGGUUUGGUUUUUCAAAAAAAGUCUUACUUUGAAGUCCAGCAGGCGAGAUGAUUUAAGUUGAUAAUCUGAAAGGUUGACAAGAAAUUUAAGACUGAUACUCUUUAAAAACACUGCUGGUGUGUUACCUUGUUUAAAGAAAAGCAGUUGAUACAGCCAGUAUGAAAUGGAUAUUUUAUGAACUCUCACCGCACUUGAAUUCAGCCACUAAGACCUAACUGAAUGAACAGAUUUUUGUGAAAAGAAAAUGCCUUCUGAGCCAUUAUCUCAGAGCAGGGAAAGCCUACAGAAUAUGUGGUAGACUACAAAUAGCUGACACUUUAAAGGCACAGAGCUGCCAUAUUAUGUAACUGGAUGCAUUUAUCACAUUUUUUCUCUGUAUGCUUACCCCAGUUCUGAUGUCUAAUACGUAAGCCUAUUUGUAGGAGUUUUAAAUGCUAGUCCAUUGCCAGUAUGUAACUGGGCUGUUACACUGUGGCUUGUACAUUUAUAAUAGUUCUACUGUAAGUGCUACUGAAGAAAUUUGUUAGAACUGAAAUGAGAUGUGUACAGUACAUAACGAGCAUCUUAUUCUAAAGACAACCCCAUGUGUUCAGUUAUAAUCCGUCAAGGGCAAAGAGGAAAACUCCAAACUUAUUUCAGCAUUAUGAUUUUAUUCUUAAAUGGAUUGAUCUCCUUUCUGGUAUUUAGGAAUACGUUCUUCUAAAAUUGUUCUUCCUUUCUUAGGAACACAGAGAUUGGAGGAGUUAAAAGUUUUUAAGACUAUGCUUUGAGCUAAUAUUUAAAAAUUCCGAGAAUCUGCUUAUGGAUGUGGGAUCUCUGCAUUUGAAAAGUUGAAUGCUGUGAAAUGUCUAACAUUCUUUCCUAAUAAAUGUGAAAUUUAAAA